UGGUAUAAGAUAGUAGGGUUAAAUUAGGGGAAAUGGAAGGAAAGCUAGUAGAGAUAAGUCAGAUACGGAAAGGGCCAUGGAAGGCAGAGGAAGAUGAAGUGCUGAUCAACCAUGUUAAGAAAUAUGGCCCUCGAGAAUGGAGCUCCAUCCGAUCCAAAGGCCUUUUGCAAAGAACUGGCAAAUCUUGUCGUCUUCGUUGGGUUAACAAACUUAGGCCCAACUUGAAGAAUGGGUGCAAGUUUACGGCAGAGGAAGAGAGGGUGGUGAUAGAAUUGCAGGCACAGUUUGGGAACAAAUGGGCUAAAAUCGCAACGUAUUUGCCUGGAAGGACCGAUAACGACGUGAAGAAUUUUUGGAGCAGUAGGCAGAAGAGACUGGCUAGGAUAUUGCAGAAUUCAGGGACCCCCUCUUCCUCCUCCUCCUCUUCCUCUUCCAAAUCACUCAAACUUAAAAGGGAAAUCCCUGCCUUUCACGAUGUUCCUGUUUUUGAGGCUCCAAAUUUGAGUUCAUCAAUGGAGGAAAUAUCAUGCACCAUGGCUCAAUCUUGCUCAUCAUCAUCCUACCUUGAUAACACCGAGACUAUUAUUAAAGUGGAGCAAUUCCCGAAACUAGUAAAUCCCAAGUUGUACACCGAUGCGAACAUGGCGCAGCUGGAGCUGAUGUCGAUAGGGAACAACCCGUAUGCUGCUGCUGAGGCCCAACCGCAAGCUUUCUUCCCUCAGACUCCACACCCCCAACCAUACCUCACAUUAUCACUGGAAAGCCAAGACCUGUUGGCUAAAUUCGAGGAUCCUUACUUUUCACAAGUGUUUGCACCUAUGGAUGUUCCUGAACUUGACAGUGGGAACGUGGAGCAGCAGCCAUUUCUUGAACCGGUGAGAAGCGGUGGGUUCGGUGCAAGGGAAGAAGCUGAUAACCCUAUGAUCCCUGAUGCCUUCUUCGAUGAUUUCCCAGCAGACAUGUUUGAUCAAAUGGAACCGCUUCCAAAUCCAUCAACCUAAAUUCAAAGAUGAAGGAAACUUGACUUUUGUUUAACGUUUUAAACUCUUUUCUUGUAUAUUAUUGCUGUUUCAAUGAGUAGGAGGCUUUCUUUUUCUUCUUUCUA